AUGCUUGCAUGGCCGCCGGGGAGCAGGUCCGAGAAGCAUGUGGCCGAGGCCCGGCUGAAGAUGGUCGCCGUGCGGGCCCUCUGGUACACGACCAUCCGGCCGACGUGGGCCGGGGCCCGGCCGCGCCCGGCCGGCGGUGGGAUCCUCUCGGCCGGGGCCCCGGGCGAGACGCCGGCCCCCGGGGCCGGGGGGCCUCCGCCCGGUGCCGGCCCCGGGGUCCCGGCCACCCAGCCCGGCAGCCACCUGGCCAAGUUCGACCGCGAGGCCGUCCUCUCGGAGACCUCCUUCCUCAGCAUGUCGGUCAUGCUGGGCUCGGCCAAUGUCAAUGAGAUGCACUCGCGUGCGGGCGGCGAGAGUUUCAUCCUCUCGACAGAUGGCAACUGGCCCGGGAGCCCGCUGCCGCAGAACGCCCAAGGAGGCGGCUCGCCGGGGGUCAAGCUGGCCCUGCGGAUCUCGUCGCUCGACCGCCGGGGCCUGGCCCUGGAGCUGCCGGUGACCAUCGGCCACGGCCGGCGAAGCGUGUCCGGCUUCAUGCCGAUCCGCUGGUCGGCCGCCAGCUGGUCGCACUACAGCCUGGAGUGCGACUCCUGGACGCCGGUGUCGGUGCGCCUGUGCCCGGCCAGCCUGCGCCGGCUGCUGGACAUCCCGCGGCUGGCCCUGGCCGAGUCGCAGCAGCUGGUGGACGAGGCCCACCGAAUCCGCCAACUCCGGGCGGAAAUGUGGGCCGCCUCGCGUCGGGCCGCCAUGGCCAAGGCUACCGAGCACCACUCGGCGGCGGCCGGGGACCGGGGGGGCGGCGCCGGUGUGCCGCCGGCCCGCGGCCCGCCGCCGGCCCCCGGGCCCCAGGCCGCCACCCUCCCGCGAUUGGGCCUGUCGGUGGAGGACCUCCUGGCCCUGGGGGUGCAGCCGGGCGCCGGGCCCGAGCCGGCGGCCCUCGAAGACCGCGCCCUCCCGCCGCAGGACCAGGUGGUCGACACGCUCAGCGUGCCGGACGAAUGGUCCGCACGCAUCAGCCUGGCCGGGGUGACGGUGGCCCUGCCGGACUGGGCCCACUUUCGAGCGACCGGCGGCUGCCCGGCCGGGGGGGGGGAUGCCCGGCCGGGGAUGGGCCCCGGGUCGGCCGGGCCCGGGUCCCCCGCCCCCGGGCCCCGGGGCCGCUACGACUCGCACCUCUUCUUCGGAGCCUCGCGCGUGUGGCUGGUCCUGCGGCCCUCGGACCCGGUGCUCUUCCUGACCGGCGAGGCGGUGGAUCCGCUCAUGCGCCAGGCCUUCGAUCAGCACCGGCUGCGGCUGCGCCUGACCCGGCCGGUGGCCGGGGCCAGCGCCGACCCGGCCGCCUUCGAGCCCAUGCCCCCCUUGGAAAUCCUCCAAUCUUGCGGCCUGCCGGUGGAGAUGGACUCCUCCACGCAGCGCCUGGCCCCGCGGCUCGGGGUCAGCUGGGAGUUCGAUGGGCUCCAUGCGCGGCGCACUCGUGGUCCGUGUGGCAGCCUGCUGCAGCAGUUCCGCCCGCGGCCGGCCGCCGCCGCCGCCGCCGGCCUGGCCCCGCCGGACCAUGACCACUGCUGCGAUCAGUACAUCCGCGAGGGGUCCGCCGCGCCCGGGCCGCUGCUGGUGGCCAAGGUGUCGGUGCACGCGCGGCCCGGGCCGCUGUCGGACUUGCCGGAGUCGGCCGGCCGGCAGAAUGUCCUGGCUCGAGCCGGGCCCGGCGGCCAGCUGGAGCCGGUGUGCCCGGAGGCCGGCCCCGCCGGGCCCGGCUGGCAGACGGCCGAUGGCCAGCCCGCGCGGCCGGCCCUUCGCCGUGGCCCGGCCAUGAGCCUCCACGCGCGGGUCGAUGUGUCGCGUGCCCUGCGUGUGGUUGUCCACCGGGAAAUGAUCGACAGCAUGGUCAGCAUCAUCCUGACCCUGGUCAGUGUGGCCACCUCGCGGCCGGUCUCCGGCCCGGCCGCCGGGGGUGGCCUCCCCGGCUCCGGGGCCCCGGGCGACCUCAGCUGGCCCAGCAGCCCGAUCACCUCGCCGGGGGUCUCGCCGCCCCGGUCGCCGCCGCCAUCGCCGCCGCCAUCGCCGCCGCCCCGGUCGCCCCGGUCGCCCGGCCCCGCGGGCCGGCCCAUGGCCCUGGCGGUGCCCAGCAUCGGGGCCAGCUCCUUGGAGUUGUGGCCGGCGGCCGGCCAUCGGCAUGGCGGCCCGCCGGAUCGAGCCACGGCCAGGGGCCCAAGCCCCGGGCAUGGGCCCGGGGCGAUGCCGGCCCCGGCCCCGGCCCCGGCCCCGGCCCGGCCGGCAAAGGCCCCGGCCACCGGGCCGCUGAUUUGGCUCAAUUCGCUGGAUGCUCGGGUGGAGGUGCCGGUGCUGGAGCUGGUGCUGGAUCCGCGGGACUCCUCGCGGAGCUCGCCCCAGGCGGAGCGCCCCCGGCUGGCCGACAUGCCGAGUGUCAUCCUGCAGCCGGGCGGGCUGCUGGUGCGGCUGCGGCCGGAGCUCUCCCUGCGGGCCUGGCCGCACGCGCACCUGUCCGAGUGCCUGACGGACAUGCUGGCGGCGCGUGGCGGCGAGGCGGGCACCGGCCCCGGCGAGCCCGGUGCCCGGCGCCCGGCCCCAGCCCCAGCCCCGGGCCGCGGUCCCGCCACCGCCGGCCCCCCGGCAGACACCACCAUCGCCCUGGCCAACCGGUGGCUGGCGUCCGUGCGCCCGGUGACGCUGUCGGUCCGGCGGCCGGAUUGCGCCGAGUCCCACCGCCUGGCCGAGGGCAUCGCCGGGUGGGCGGGCUUCAGUCAGCCGAUCUUCGAAUCGCGCCCGGCCGACUGGGUGCGCUUUUGCCGGGGGCUGGCGGCCGGGCUGGACCCGGGCCCGGAGCCGGCCGCCUCGCGGCCCGGCUCGCCCACGGCCCCGGGCGACCCGCUGGAUGCCGAGCUCCGGGCCCCGAUCGAGGGCCUGGCCGAUCGCACGGCCACCGAGCCGCUGGAAUUCGAGCAGGAGGAGCACGACCCCUCGGGCAUGGCCUACCUGCCGGUGUUCAAUCCCUCCCUCUCGGGGCAGGUGCUCAUCGGUAGCGGCGAGUGGCACCUGGCCGAUUGGGCGCUGAGCAAUGUCAUCGGGCUGGCCAUCUCCUGGCUGGCCAACCCCAUCGCGCAGGAGGCCCAAACGGCCGGGGCCGGCUCGGCGGCCUCCUCGGCGCCGGCCAGCCCGCGGCCGACCGGGCCGGGCCCGGGCGACGAGCCGCCCCCGGCCGGGGCCGCCGGCCCAGCCACCGGGCCCCAUCCCCAUGUGUGGCUGGACUUGUCGGUGGUGGUCGGCGACCAGCUGGUGUUCCUGGGACAGUCGCCGGCCACGCACUUCGUCGUGCGGCCGGGGCUCCGGCCGGCUGGCGAUCGGCCCGCCGGCGGGUCGCUGGCGCCGGGGUUCUUGCCGAUGCCGCCGGCCGGCGGCCGGCUGAACCAGUCGGCCCGGCUGAGCCGCUGGGCCGGCGCCUGUGCCGGGCCCACCUGCGCCGAGCAGGUCGACUGGUUCGCAUGGUUCCGGCUGUACUCCGGGGCCAAGGUCCGCCUGCAGGUGGCCGAGGGCGAGGCCGUCCAGGGGGCCACCCGUGUGGCGGUUCUCAUCCCGGAUGCCCUGCUCGCGUCCAAUGUCCUGAGUGUGGCGACGCCGGCGGCGAUGGCGGCGGCGAUGGCGGCGGCGGCGGCGGCGGCGACCACCGGCCCCGGGCCCGGCCCCGGCGCGCCGCUGGCCCCCACCAGCCACGCGGAGUACCUGCGCAUCCGGGCGGUGCAGCUCCAGUACCAGGUCGAGGCGCCGGUCAUGGUGCCGAUGUUGUCCGGCUCGGCGGCCUCGGUCACGCCGUCCCCCUCGGUGCGGGUGGCCUGCGCCGGCAUCACCGGCUCGCAGAUGGCCAGCCGGGCCGGCCGCGUGCCGGCCGACUGGGCCGCCGCCCGGGCCAGCAGCGCCUUCGUGCACCAGCCGCUGGGCCUGCGCCUGGCCGAUGCCGGCCUGGUGGCCUACUGGCAUGCGUGUCAGUUCUGGCCGGCCACGGGCGCGGCCACGGGCGCCGGCGCGCCCUCGGCCCCGGGCGUGGGCACCGGUGGCCCCGGCGGGCCGGCCGCCCCGGCCGGGCCCCCGCGCCUCGAGCCGUACCUCACGCGUGCGGCCUUCUCCCUGGGGCCCUCGCGCAUCCUCCUGCGCGGGGUGCCGGCCGACGAGGACGACGCGCUGGAGUCCUGCCUCCGGGUGGACCUCAGCUCGCUGGAGCUCCACGCCUCGGGCUUCGAGCUGGGGGUGUCGGUGCGCGGCCUGCUGGCGGACACCGGGCAGCGGGUGUUCCUGGCGCGCGGGGCGGCCGGCAUGCCGGGCCCGGCGGCCCCGGCGGCCCCGGCGGCCCCGGCGGCCCCGGCGGCCCCGGCGGCCCCGGCGGCCCCGGCGGCCCCGGCCCCCUCGCCAUGCACGCACGACACCAUGGCCGACGAUUAUGCCGCGCUGCUGGUGGCCCUGAGCGCCGAUUGGGCCGGCUUCGUGCCGCUGCUCCGGCACUCGUCGGCCCUGUCGUCCGUCGGCCCGGCCGGCAUGGCCGACAUGGGCGUGGACAUUGGCUUCGGGUAUCGGCACGCGGUGCCGGAGCCGCGCGCGCCGGGCGCCCUGGCCGGCCCAGGGCCCCGGGGGCCCGGGCAUCCCCCGGCAGCCGGGGCCGCCCACCCCGGCCAGCCGGACGACGCCCCCUCGCCAGCCCCCCCGGCCGAUGGCAUCCGGUGGAGCAUCCGCCCGGACCCGUGGCUCGUGCCGGAUGCCCUGCUUUCGUGCGUCAUGGCCGCCCCGGGGGACUCGGGCCGGCAGAUGGCCGCCGGCGGCACGCGCCCGGCCAGCGCCGCGUCGACCGCCUCGUCGGCCGGGCCCCCGGGGGCGGGGGCCGGCCAGUCGGAUGUCGGCCUGCAGGCCAUCUGGCUGCCGCCCAUGCGCCCGGCCACGCUGGUGCGCCUGCACCUGUCGCCGGUGGUCAUGCACUUGCAUGUGCCGGCCCCGAGCCAGCAGCUGUCCACGCCGCUGUCUUUGCUGGGAAACACCACCGGCCUCGGGGGCAGCCUCCAUGCCCUGACCGAUGUGGUGGGGGCCGUGCUGGCCACCAUCGACCGGUCGCGCUUCCUGCAAGUCGACCCGACGGCCGAGGUGCCGUCCAUCCUCGGGGCCGGCGGCCCGUCGGAAGUGGCCCCGGCCGCGCCCGACCCCCCGGCCCCCGGCGGCCCAGUGCGGGUGGAACAACUCCUGGAGGCCGAUCGCCUGCGGGCGGUCCCACGCCUGCAGCAUCUGCCCCCGGGGUGCGGCCUGCGCCCGCGCACCGGCGCCCUGGACCCCCUGGAUUUGGCCCUGGUGGCGUCGCCCCGGCCGGACGUUCCGGCCAGCAAGCGGCCCGGCACCAGCCAGGAGCCAGUGCUGCCGGCGUUCGAGCGCGUGGACAUCAUGGUCGAGGCAUUGCACUUGCAUGUGUCCACCAGUGUCGGGGUGGCCGGCGUGCCGCAUGCCACCAGCCGGUCGGUGUCGGCCGGCCGGCAAGCACCGGCCGCGGCGGGCGCGAGCGCGGGCGCGGCCCCGAAGGGGCCCACCGCCGGCCCGUGCCCCGGGCAGCGCUCGGCAUCGGGCGGCUGCCAGGCACCGCUCAUCGUGGCCGCGCGCGACUGGGUCGGCCUGCCGGUGCUGUAUGUCCGCCUGGCCGGCCUCGAGGCGUGGAUGUUGAACUGGACCUCGGGCGAUAUCGAGGCGCGCUUUUCCCUCGGGCCGGUGGCCAUCUACCGCUUUGACCGGUCGUCCCUCAGCUGGCAUGUGGUCCUGGAGCCGAGUCGCACCGAGCCGGGCGCCGGGGCCGGCGACCGCGACCCGCUGGCCACCAGCGGCGGCGACACCUCGGCCGUGGUGUCCAAGCUGGUGGCCCUGAGCGCCUCGACGGCGGCCGGGGCCCCGGCCUCCGCCCGGCACGGGUCGUCACGGCGCCUGCAGCUCCGGGACUGGGCGGCCGGCUUGCGACCGGCUGCCUGGCACCGGCGCCACCUGCCGGCCAAUGCGCCCUCCCCCUGGCCACGCCUGCCGGCCUGGGGCCCGGGCGCCCGGCGGGUGAUCUCCCGCACGGUGGACCUGCGCCUGGCCCGCGACCAAGGCCGCGGGGCCAUGCGCGUCAUGCUACACACGCCGGAGAUGCUGGACUUCACCCUGAGCGACAGCCUGCUCCGGGAGAUCCUCGUGUGGAGUGCCUCGGAUGGGGGUGAGCCCGGGCGGCGGCCGGGGGCCGGCCCGCCGGUGGCCGGGCCCCGGGCCGGUGGCGAGGCCGAUGCCGGGGUCUGGUCUCCGGCCCCGGGGCCGGCCUCGCCCGGGCCGAUGACCGUGCGCCCGGGGGCCGCAGCGCGCGACCUCGCCGCCCGCCUGGCCUUCAUCCCGGCCUGGGCGCCCUUCUCCAUUGUCAAUGCCACCGGCUUGGCGGUCUUUGUGACCCCGGUCGAGCGGUGCAUCGAGGAGCGCCUGGCCGCCCUCAUCCCCGGCAGCAGCGGCGCCCCGGUGGAGUUUGCCCCGGGGCAGGCGCUCAGGGUCCGGCCGCGCCCGGGCCACGCCCCGGCCGCCGUCCCCCACGGCCAGGAGUACUUCUACAGUGCCUUCGAGGAGGAAGUCACCGGCGGGGUGCUGCCGAAGCACCACCACCUGGUCCGCAUCACGCUAUGCGUGCCAGCGCCGCCGGUCAUGAUGCGCCUGCCCGGGGCGGAGCCCGGGUCCCCCGGCCGCGGCCCGGGCCACUCGGCCAUCAGCCCGCCGGGCCACGAAAAGACCCUCACCCUCGGGGGGAGCCUGUUGGAGGCGUCGGCCGCCACGGCCGCUGCCCUCGGGGAGACAUUCAUCUACUACGAGCGGGUGGUGUCGCUGCGGGCCCUGACGGCGUCGGUCUCCUCGCGGGUGCUGACUCCGAGCACCGGCCCGAGCAGCACCGAGCCCGGGCCCCGGGCCCGGCCCGGCGGCAUGCCGCCACCCUCGCCAAGCUCCGGGUCGCAUGUCGGCACGCAUCUGACCGGGCUCGGGCAGGCCCUCAGCUCGGAGAGCGAGCGUCUCCUGCACUUCCGCAAGGCCCGGCACCCGGCGUCCCUGGGCCCGGACUUGGCCCGGCGCUUCCCGCCCUGCCAGAAUGACAGCCAGUUCCGCCUGGCGCCGCACUUGCGCUCGGUCACCAUCGGGGCGUCGCUGGUGCAGGGCGGCCAGAGCCGGCGCCUGGUUUUGGCGGCCCCCAUUCGCGGGGUCAAUGCCUGUGCCCGGACAUUCGAGCUCCGGGUGACCGCCCGCCAGGAGCCCAGCCACCCGGGCACCGUGGGCUUCUUCGGCCGGACCGACAUGCGCGAGCAUGAGUCCCGGCAAAUCAUCGGCCCGGGCCAGUCGUGCGUCCUGCCGGUGGACCUGAGCCCGCCGCCGGUGGCCGGGUACACCGGGCCCGGCAUGUGGGCCGGAGCCACCCCCGGUGGCGGGCCGGCCGACGGCCCGGCCGCCGCCGCCGCCGCCGCCGCCUUCGCCACCCCCUCGACCCUCGCCGACCCGGGGCUCGGCACCACCGUGCUGAUCAGCGUCCGGCCGACGUCGCGCCAUGCGCGCGCCUGCGGCGGAACACCCGGCGCCUCGGCAGCCGAGGCCCACCGGUCUCAGCAUGACUUCAGCCGGAAGCUGGCCAUCGCCCCGUACGGGCCGCCGCUGGAGGUCCUGCGCGUGGUCGAGUGUGCUCCGUUGGAUCCGACCGGCCGGCCGGUCGUCGUGGCGGUGGUGAUCCACCGGUCCUUGACGUCCAUCCGCGUGGUGCUCAAGCCGCCGGUGCAGGUGGACAACCGCCUGCCCUUCGACGCGUACCUGCGCCUGAGCACCGUGCCGCCGGCCAGCGAUUUCAAGCUGCCCCGGUCCCGCGGUCGGCCGGUCCCCCGUGAGCGAGCCCGGCUGGCGGCCUCGGCCGCGGGGGCCAGCCCGUCGGUACGUCCUGCCCGCCCCCCGGCCCUGACCCGACGCCAGCGGUAUUCCUAUCCGCCUUGGUCCGGCCCGCAGCGCGUGUGCACCAUGAUGGACGAGGACCCGGCACAGUGGCCGGCCGGCGGCCCGGCGCCGGGGCCUGCCCCGGCUGCCGGCGCGGCCUCCCCGGCCGGCGGCCUCACCGGCAAGCUCAUCCGAUCCGGCCGGGCCUUCGGCUUCCUGUCGUGGCCCAUCAGCAGCGGCGAGCCGGGCCCGGCCGCGAGGGCGGCACCCCCUCGGGCAGCCGCCCGCCAGGCCGGGCCCACCCCGGAGGAGCCCCCGGAGCCGGGGGCACCCGCGCGUGGGGCCCGGCGCCGGGGCCCGGCCCGCGGCCCGGCCAUCUGGUACAUGGCCCGGGUGUACCUGGGCCUCGGGGCCGGCCUGCUCGAUCGCGAGGGGCUCUACCUGGACCGGGCCCUGCGGGGCCGGCUGCUGGCCCAGCGCAAUCGCCGCGCCUUCGAGGCCUUCAACCGGGCCGAGCGCCGGCGCCGCCGGGAGAACCUGUCCGACGCGCCGCCCGGCGAGCCGGGCUUCUGGCUGAGCCUGAGCCUGUGCAUGGCCGGCGGGGCGGUCUUCCGCACGCCGAAGCCGGUGCGCGUGCGCAUGGAGCCGGCCGCCCUGACCGCCGACCGUGCCGGGGCCACCCCCGGCCGGACGUCGCUCAUUUCCCUGCCGGGCUUCCGCCGGGACCACUCCCUGCGCCUGGUGGGCCCGGACGGCGAGUCGUGCGAGGUCAUCCUCCGCAUGCUGACUGGGGCUUUUGGCUGGCACCGCCGCGGUGGGUGGGGCAUGGCCGGCCGUACGGCCAGCCGCGAUGUCGAGUCCAACACCCCGGUGUUCAUCCUCUACAGUCGCCUGGUGGUGCUGAAUCGGACCUCGCUGCCGAUCAUGCUCAAGCAGUCCGGGGCCCACUCCAACAGCAUGUCCAUCGGCCCGGCCUCGGGGAUUGCCUUCAACUCGGACAUCCUGCGGCAGCACUUCACCGAGGCGAUGCUGGAGCGCGAGGCGCAGCUCGCCGCCGCGGCCCAGGGCCCCCGGCGGCGAGUUGGCACGCCGCCCCCGGGCCCGGAGCGUCUGUUCGGCCUGGCCGACGCGUCGGACGCCGAGCUCGGCAUCCGGCCCUCGGACUGCAUCCUGAGCCUGUUCAACCGCGAGCGCAGCAAACUGCCCGACACCCAGGUCGGGCUCUUUUCCCUGGAGCGCCGGACCAAGGUGGUCCCCAAGCGCCACACCAAUGCCACUCUGCGCACCCGGCACUCGCGCUGGAGCAAGGCCGUGUACAUCGACGCCCCCGGCUCCGAGGGGGUCAUCGAGCUGGUGCCGGACCUGGUCAGCCUGGCCGCCGACCGGGCCUUCCCGGAGGACGGCACCGGCUCGGCCCAGCCGCGAAUGGCCCGGUGGCCGACCCUCCUCGGGGGGGGCACCGAGCAGCGCCUGGCCCGGCGGCCGGGCGGCACGGCCGAGCCGGUGGACCCGGGCCUGCGCAGCCGCCGGGUGUCCGGGUCCCGGCGGGCGGCCGACGCGGCGGCCACCGCCGCCGUCGAGGCCAGCCUGCUGGAACUCUCGCGCGGCUAUGCCCAGCUGUCCAUGAGCAUCGUCCGGGCGCAUAGCCUCACGCGGGCCGGCGUGCCGCCCUCGGUCCACCCCCGGACCCGGGUGCUGACCAUCGAGCCGCGGUAUGUCCUCAGCAAUGAGACGGACUUGCCGCUGCUGGUGCGCCAGUUGCCGCCGGCCGGCUUCGAGCAGGCCCGCGCCCAGCACCGCCAAGCCGGCGACCCCUUCGACUGGAUCCACCUCUCGGGCACGGGCCCCGGGGGCGGCGGCUCGCGGCCCGAGCGCGCCGCCGCCGCCGACCCGCCGCAGAUGUACCUCCCGCCGCACAGCCGCGCCGGAUUCCACUUCCUCCAGGCCGAGGCCUUUUGGCGCUGCAUCCGGGCCCUGGCCGGCCGGCGAGGCCUGCGCGUGCCGCUCCGGUGUGCCUGCGCCCCGGCCCCCGGGGCCGACCCGGCCCCCGGGCUGGACUUCGAGUGCCCGACAUGCGGGCCGGCCGGGCAGCAGGCAGCCGGCCCGGGCCCCGAGGGCCCCUCCCCGGCCCCGGGCCCCGGCCCCUUCCCGGACCAGGCCACCCGCGCGGUGCAACUUCGCCUGGCCGCGCGGCUGUCCUCCUGGACCUGGCCGGUGGACUGCGACACGGCUCGGUCCAGCUUCCUGCUGGUGGCCCUCGACGAGGCGGCCGCCCGGUGCCCGAAGGCGGCCGCCGAAGCGGCCGAGGCCGUUGCCACCGCGGCCGCCCAUGCCACGGCCACCGGGCCCGGCCCUCGCCGGGCCCCGCCGCGCCCCUGCCCGGCACAUGCCGGCGGCGUGCGGCUGGUGCUCCUCCGCGUGGAGGUCCACACCUCGGAGUCCACCACCACCGUGGCCAUCCGCGAGACCACCUCGGCCCCCUUCCGCCUGGACAAUGCCACCACCAAUUGCCGGGUGCGCUUCGCCAGUGUGGCGGCCCUGCCGCGCACCCGGGCCGACCUGGACGCCCCGGCCCCGGGCACGGCCUCGGACACCGGCAUCCCGCCCGGGGCCCCGGCCUUCGAGCCGCCCCCGCCGCCGGUCAUCGACGACACCACUCGCUGGACCAUUGUCGGGGAUGUGACGGUGGUCCCCCCGGGCAAGGGGGUGCCCUUUGUCCGGGCGCCGAUGUUCCCGGCGGCCGGGGACGCGGCCGGCCUGAGUCCCGAUGUCGCCGAGGCCCUGCGCGACUAUGGCAUGGCCUUGCACGAUGAGGGCAUGCUCCUGCUGGCCAUCGGCCCGGCCCUGGCCGAGGAAGAUCUCCCGGCCGAGGCCACCAACCAGCCGCCACGCGUGGCGGCCACCGGCAUGGCCUACAACGUGCCCGGAUCUCCGCCCGGCCCCCAUGGCGAGGGCGCCUUUGCCGGCCGGCAUCGGCACUACCCCCGCCAGCAGCAGCAGCAGCAGCAGCACCACCACCAGCACCACCACCACCACCACCGACACCGGCCGGGCGGCCUGAGCGAGGACCCCUCCUUCGGGGGGGCUGUCCCGCCUCCGGAGACGGUUAUCCUGAUUGACACGCGAUCCUUGGAGUCGGUGGCCCGCGUGCCGGUGCGCCAGGUCUCCCCAUCCGGGGAGAUCACCGUCCAGGAGGUGUCCAUCACUUGUCACUUCCUGCAGGAGACCUGCGUCGUGUCGGUGCUGCCCGUGCCGCGGGAGCCAGCCCCGCAGACCCCCUCGCCGCUGGCCCCUGCCACGCAGGCCGGCCUGGUCCAGAGCCCGGCCAGCUUCGACGCGCUGGAAAUCCCGCCCGACAAUGGCCCCAUUCGACCGCUCGGCCCGAGCCAGUGCCCGAUCGGAGCGCUGGACCACAUUUGGACCGGGCCCCCGCUGGCCGCGCAAUUCAUCCCCGAGCGCUCGAUCAAUGUCGACCUCCAUCUGGCGGGCAUCGGCCUGUCGCUGGUGUCCAUGCGCCCGGCUUCGGCCAAGUCGCUGGCCGGGCGGGCCUUCGGCUCGCGCGAGGUCGACCCGCGCGACGUGACCCUGACCGAUGCCCUGGCCGCCCACACCGAGACCCCGGACGCCGAGGACCUGUGGCCGGGCGGCCUGGCGGGCGUCGGGCCCGGCGGGCCGAAUGCCGGCCUACCGGCCCCCUCGCCGGGCGGCCUGGCCGGCGGGCCCGUUGAUCCGGCCACACUGCCAGCCCGGCGCCCGGCCCAAUGGCGUGCCCUCGACCUGGCCAGCCGGCUGCCGGCCCCGGUACCGGCCGAGCGCCUGUAUGCCACGCUCAAGGGCCUGGCCAUGCAGGCGGUCUUGUCCUGUGGCUCGCUCAGCCUGGAUGUAAGCUUCGACGACGCCCAAGUCGAUGACCAGGCCACCGAUCCCCUGUACCCGGUGGUGCUGGCCCGAGAGACCUCGGAGCGCGGGGCCACCGCCGCCGGCCGCACGGCAGCACGCCCUGGCGAGGCGCCGGAUCACGGCCCACCGAACGGGCCGCGCAUUCGCGAGCUGGAUGACGGCCCGGCCGGCGACAUCCACGAGGAGCACCUGCACUUCACCGAGACGCCGGUCGCCGGGCAGCCGGCGGCCACCGGGCACCAGCCCCCGGCGGCGGCGGCGGCGGCGGCGGCGGCGGCCACGCCCGCGGCUCCCCGCCGCCGGGCCCCCAAGCCCAUCUUCAACCUGGCCAUCCGGGCCGUGGUCCCGAUCAACCCGAUGGACCGGCCGGAGCUGGUGUGGCGCACGCUCCUAGACUCCGGGCAGCUGGUCACCGAGCCGCUGGGCGGACACGGGCCCGAGACCGGGCCCGACCCAUCGACCGCCGGGCCGGGGCUCCUGGCCGAGAUCCUCAGCCAGGCUUCCCGCCCGGUGGGCCGGUAUUAUGCGGUCAUCGAUGUGGGCCCGCGCCCCGGGGCGACGGGCUCCCUGGCGGGGGGCCAUGCGCAGGCCGGCCCCCGGCCGCCGUCCACGCCCGACGCCCGGGCUGCCGGCAGCCUGCCCGUGCAGGAGCCCGCCGAGCCGGGCGGCCCGGCCGAGCGGCCGACCUUCCCCCUGGCCCCCGGCGGCACGCCCCUGCCGGGGCAGCAGCUGGUGGACCUGGUGGACCGGCUGUCGCCGAAGGUCUGGUCGCUGACCUCCUCCCGGGGCUUGGUCCUGUCGCUGGUCCGCAUCAAGCUGGCGCCCUUGCGCUUGCGCCUGUCCGAGGGGUUCAUCGUGCGCAUUGGCAGCUUCGUGCAGGACUCCGUGCCGCCGGCCACCAGCCGACUGGCCCCCUCGGGCCCGGUGGCCGGGCUUGUGGCCGGCCGCCCCGCGCGGCCCAAGCCCCCCCCCGGCGCGGCCCCGGUGCGCGUCGGCAUGAUCGACCUGGCCGUGGCCCGGUGCAUCCAGGGCCCGCUGCCCCGGCCGGCGGGCCAGGCCCCAGGCGACCCGCUGGCCCGCGAGGCGCGCACAUGGCCCGGCGGCCCGGCCAUCGCCACGCCGCUCGGCAACCCGCCGGACCUCGGGGCGCGAUAUCCCCUCCACAUGCUGGAUGCCAGCCGGCCGCUGCCCCCGCCGCCGGCCGACGCGCGGUCGCUCUUCUCCGGCGUCAUUCACAUCAAAGUGCUGGAGAUCGGCCAGCUGUCCAUCCUGCUGACCCUUGUCCGGGCGCAAAACCAAGACGAGCGAUACACCGCCCUUUCCUCCUCCACGGCGGGGCCCUCGUCGGCGGGGGCCGUGUCGGCCGCCUCCAGGGCCGACGGCCUGGCCGAGGCAGGCGACGAGGGGCUUGGCCCCCGCCGCGGCCGCACCCUCGGCGCCGAGGGCACCGCCGCCGCCGCCGCCGCCGCCGCCGCCACCACCUACGAGCAAGCCGCCGCCCAUGAUGCCGCCAAUCUGCUCUCCUGGACCGAGGAGGCCGGCGGGGCCGGGCGCCCGCCCCUCCGGUCGUCCACCGCCACCCUGCUCAACAUCGCCGCCGCCACCAUGGGCCAGGUGGAAGAUGCACGCAUCCGCCUUCGGCCCCUGCGCGCCACCGACAUCGAGGCCAUCCAGGGCGUGGCCAGCCUGUCGGACACCGUGUGGCUGCACUACCGCGGCCAGCUCAUCCGCCAGUUCUACGCGGUCCUCGGCGCGGUGGACGUCCUCGGCAACCCGAUAUCCACCAUUCGCAACAUCAACACCGGCGUGCAGGACAUCUUCAUCACGCCCUUCCGCGGGGCCCGGGCCGAUGGGAUCAGCCGCACGGCCACCCCGCUCACGGGAGCCGCGCGCAUUUGCGUCGCCGGCAUCGACGCUGUCAGCCGCGUGGCCCAGAGCGUCAGCCGUGGCUUGACCGAGGCCACCCUGGACCCGCGCUUCCAGGCCAAGCGGACCGUGCUCCGCCGCGAAGCGCGAAGCUGCAACUUCCGCCGCGGGGUCGCCCUGGCUGCCUACUCCGUGCUGUCGGGCGUAUCCAGCGGCGUGAGCGGCGUCGUCGAGCAGCCGCGCAAGUCCGUCCGCGCGGCCGGCAAGAGUGGGCUCAUCACCGGCACGACCAAGGGCGUUGUCGGCCUGUUUGUCAAGCCGGUUGUCGGGCUGGUUGACGGUGCAGUGACCGUGGCCCAGGGCCUAAAGCACCGCCUCGAGGGCAGCCUCAGUGUGCAGAGCGUGCGCCAGCGCCCGCCGCGCGCACUCCCCGCCUCCACGGCCGCCACCUUCAACACCACGAUUUCCCUGCUCCAGCACCACCGGGCAGCCCUCGGCGACGCGACGCUGGCUGCGACGGCCGCCGCCGCAGCGGCCGCCGCCGCCGGCGGCAACAUGCAACAGCUACUCGCCCAGACCGACCUGCCGGUGGACCUGCUUUCGGAGUUCCUGGUCCGGGAGGACCCCCCCGGCGCCGGGCUCCCCCGGAACAGCUCCCUCGACCGGUGGUGGGUGAAUGAACUGCUGGCGGCCCUGCAAGCCGGCACCCCCGGCCGGACCGACAGCAGCCCCAGCACGGGGAUCCUAUCGACGGGGUCUUCCUCGCGAUCGCCCUCGGGCCGGCUGCCGGCCGGGCCCGGCAUGGCCACCGGCCCGUCGGCCAGUCGCAGCAGCUUGGCCGACCCGCUGGCCAUGGAAAUCCGCGAGCAGGAGCUCUUCAUCCGCCUGAUGGAGGCCAUCGACGCCAAGGCCCUCAUCCACCGGAUCCCCUCGCUGGCAUCGCAGCCGCAACAGAUCGCCGCAUAUAACCUCCACCGGGCCCGGGCUCUGGCCAUCAUGGCUCGACAUGUCACCGGGAAUGGCGCCCUCCGGAGCUGGCGCUAUCUGGCCCAUGGCCGGCUGCGCGCCUCGCGGCCCCUGGCCGAGUCGAUCGAACCCUCGCGCCAGCCGCCGCUGCUCCUGGCCGCAGCCCGAUCAUCGGCACCCAGCACGGCCGCCACACCCGCCGGACAGACCGGGCCCCCGGUGGCCGAGCCGCCCGGCGGCGUCCACCACCCAGCCGACGCCCCCGCCCCGGCGGACCACCCGCCCACCGGGGGGGGACCACUUGAUGAGGUCCUCCUCAUCACCGAUCGCGGCUUGAUCCUGGUCCGCGGGGCCGACCUCGAAAGUGACAACCUGGCAACCGGGUCCACCUCCUGGACCGGGUCCGAUCGCGAGCGCCUUGUCUGGGUCCUGCCGUGGGAGUGCGUCGAGCGGGUGCGCUACAGUGGCGGCCGGUUUGUCGACAUCCUGGCCCUCGGCGACCCGAGCCUCUUCUACGUCUUCCCGGCCGUGUGUACGCACCACAGCCAGAAGAUGCCGGACGCCGGUGGCCCCGGCAACCGGCACCCAGGCUCCUACGGCACCAGCAAAAGUCCAACCGCGGCCCCGGCCAUCGAUCCUACUCCCCGGCCCUGGCGCCAGUCCAUUCCACGCCCGACGGAGCCGGCCGCCCCCCCGGCCGCGAGUUGUCCCCCGGACGCCGCCGCCGCCGGCGACCCCCCGGCGGUGGCACUGUCCCCGGGGCCGGGGGCCGGGCCGAUGGCACCCCCCCGGCCCGUGGGCCGGGCCGCCGGCGCCUCGACCCUGUGGCCGGUGGCCGUCGACCGGUCGUAUCGGUAUGCGGCGGCGCCGGCCGCACCGGCAGCCACCGGCCCCGGCUCCGGCCGCAACCGGGCCACCGGUCGCCGACACCACAGCCCCCCGGCCACGUCACACCGCCGGGCCCAGGCCGGCCCCCCGGCCCCGGGGCCCGGCCAGAUGGUGGUCAUCCUGGCCACCGAGGCGCCGACCCUGGCCACCGGUCUCCCGGAGGGGGGCCUCCUGGAACAGACCGACGCAUGCCGCGUCGCGUGCGGGCACUUCACCAUCCCGAGGCCCGAGGGGGCUGCGAUGCCCGGGCCCCCCCCGGCCAAGGGGCCCCCCGGGCCGACCUUCGGCCCGCCCCCCCCGGCCGCCGACCCCGACCGGCACUUCUGCCUGGAGAGCUUCACGCGCUUUGCCCCGGCCGGCUUGCUGGCCGAUCCGCACCUGGAGUAUGACCCGGACAUGCCGCGCUUCCUGGCCCGGCUCAAGCGCCCGGAACAACGCGACGUCCGCAUCUCCCGGCGCCUGGUCUGCCAGAGCGCCCGACAUGCCGGGCGUCUGUACGAGCAGUGCCUCGCGGCCCUCGGGGCCUGGGUCAUCGACUCGAGCAGCAUCUAG